UAUAAAAUUAUUUAUCAAAGUUUGUUUGGAAAAAAAUAAUAGUGUUUUCAUUUUUUUGCACUUAUAUCACAAAUACGUGGAACUCAAUCAUCCAUAGCAUCUGAAAACAUCGUGACAUAAAGCAUGUGCCGUACUUUCUAUCUUUGACAGUAACAAAUGGAAAUGUUUACGUACAAUACCAAUGAUUUUGAACCUAAUCUCAAACAGAUAAGAACUAAUUUUAAUAAUCAAGUUUUAUUGCGCGCAACUAGCGGAAACAAACAGGAAAGUGAAGUGUAAAAUGAAAAGCAAGAAAAAUAUGCGAAAGAAUGUCGAAUACGAUUUACACAUAAACUGAUGAUAAAGUCGCACAUUCAACACAACAAUGGUAUACCAAGCUCGAUGGUUCAUGCUGGUUAUAGCAGCAGCAUUAGCGCUGCAAUCCAAAGGUGAUGGUGGUAUACGACUACCAGAUCAGCCGCCGAAAGAAGAAACAGAAGGCAGAUCUUUAAAUUUCGGCGGUGACAAUGGACGAUCGCCCCAAGCAUCCGGGCGUGGUCUUCUAGACUGGAUCGGUCUUGGCGAGGAUCAAGAUCCUUACAUCCAGCAAGCGACACAGCAAUGUAUCAACGGUGACCUCGCUGAUUGCUUCAAAGCUCAAGCAUUAAGAUCUUUCGAUGAUUUCUUUGACAAACAAGCUUAUAAAUUAUCAGAUAAUGCAGUUCUGGUAAAAGUGGAGUCACAAGCACGCGCUUUGGCUCACGAACCUCCAGAGCUAAGCUCUCAGCCACGCAGCGAAGAUACAGAUUGGGAUGCUCUAGUCAAAUUCGGAAUGAGGAAAAUUGAAAGAUUCUUAAGGUCUACAGCACUGGAAAUGCAGUUAGACGAUGACGUCACUUCCAACGGUGUCAUUGCCCCUCGAUUCCUCGAUCAGAUUGCGGAUGAAGUCGAUAUCAUCGAAGAUAAGAAAGCACCUUUCCGUCGUCAUAAGCUAAAGAAGCUGAUAAUUCCUAUGCUGCUGAUCCUCAAGCUGUUCAAGCUGAAGCUGCUGCUCUUCCUGCCUCUCAUACUCGGUCUCGCCAGCUUCAAGAAAUUCCUAGGAUUCAUGGCACUUAUUGUACCAGGUGUCAUUGGCUACUUUAAGUUCUGCAAACCUAAUCUUACAUCGCCGUUCUCCUCCAACCAUUACUCCGGGCCUCAAUACUCCCCAGCUGGCAUCGGUAUCCAUGGCCCUUACAGAGAAAGUCCACCACACUAUGCUCAAUAUGAGAGCUAUCCCAACCCUCAUAAAUAUGGAUCAAAUGGCAUCGCGUUCAGGGACCAUGAAUCAAGCCCUCAAGACCUCGCGUACCAAGGUUGGGAAUACAGGAACAAAAAUGGUGGCGAAGAAAUCAAAGCAGAAAGCGCUUGAAGACUGAUUAUGAAAGUUGAAUAUUAAAAAUGUAGCGCUGUCUUGCUACAAGUCAUUUUGUAAACCAAUAUAUUUAAGUUUUGUAAAAAAUGAAUUAAAUUUUGUAAAUUUUGUAAAACCGGUAUAUUCGGUUUCUUGGUAUACUUCAUAAGUGUAAUGUAAAUAGAAUCUAUUAGCUAUAAAUUAAGAGAUAGGCUAUUUUUUUAAAUACUCAUUGCCUUGAAG